AGUAACCUCUUAGUCUUGCAAGUUGGUACGCUCCGUACAGCGGAAGUUUUCACAAAGCUACUUCCGGGUUGUUGUCACGGACGCUUUCAGUUCCCGGAAGUAACCAUAAAUAACAGGAUUAUCGCUGUGCUUGAAUAACGGGUGCAUGUUAGCUAAACCUUCACCAGAAUAAUUCAGCCAAGUUUAUCCCAGAGAGAUGCACGCAGUUUGCUGUCUGUCAACCGUAAUAUGUUUUUAAAAUUUAUAUUCAUAGUGAUAGCAACACAGUUUUCGAGGGAAUGAAACGAAAUGAUAUUUCAGGGUAACACAUUUCAUGUCUUCCUUUAGUAGUUUUGUUGCAGCUAUGAAUUACUGUCGCGGACAAAUAUAAACUGGAAGUAACUUCAGAUGUUGGGAACCGCUGCUGUAGAGGAUUAGCACGGAUUGGAUUUGCAAGGAGUUUGGAAGAGGGUAUCAUGGAAUGGCCGGGAGAAUUUCCUGAAGACCAUGCCUUUGUGGAGCUUCUGAUUCCAGGUGUUUGCAGUGAUGUGGACUUUGAACAGUUUCUGAAAGACACAGAAGAGAAACUGAGUCUCAAUGCCAGCAGCAUAGAGCAGCAUCUGAAGGAGCUCCAGGCCAAGAUGGGAGAUUUAAGAACAGGGGAUCGUCCACCCAGUCCCACAGAGGUCUUGCAGUGGUUCAACAUGAAAGCACAAAACUCCCUGAAGCCUCUUUCCACGGACAUUUUAGACUUCUUCAGAGCUCUGCAACAGUACCUUAAAUCAGAGGAAGAGGGGAAAGAAGAAGUGACACUUCAGCUCCUGCUGAAUCUUUCUGCCCAGUGUGGAGUCUAUUUUCCUUGCCCAUCCUCUUCUUCCUCUCUUCAUCCUCAUCUGCCUGGCUCCUCUGUCCACUCCAUACACACGAUCAAAGAUGACUCUGCAAUAGAGAUCCAAGAGGCGUGGGAUGCUGUGCGUCUCCAGCUGCGAAGGUUCCUGAUGGACCGGCUCUCAUGCUACACCUCAGGACCUCCUGGCUCUCCCCAGCUCUCCACCAUGACCAUCCUUGAGCGGGUCAACUGUUUUAAGCAGUUGCUUUUUCUCUACCCUGAAUGUGAAGUGGUCACAGAUUACCAGGGUUUGAAACAGCAGUACGUGCUUAGUAUCCUGCAUUCAAGCAUGAGCUCCAGCCCAGGUGGUGAGUCCGGCUUCGACAGACUAACGACGGGUUUCUGCAACGUGGUCCAACACGUGACUCAUGCUCUCACUGAGGAGCUCCAGGUCCUUUCAAGGGUAGUGGAGCCCCAGGUCGUCCUCGGCUUUUUAAACGUAGCUUACUUUGGUGCCAUCACCCAGGAAAUGACUUCCCAAAUGGAGAGAGAAUUUGAAACCGCUCAAAGAGACAACACAGCGCUGAGCAGCAAGAUAAAAAAAUACUCUGUAAGGUCCCGAGCAACUGUAGCACCAAUGGAGCUUCCUUUGAAAAGCAGGAGCUUCAGUUUGACCUCCCACCAACUGAGGGCAUUAACUCAGCUGGCUUGCAUCCUGCUAGGCUUUGAGAGAGAUGUGAGGGAGCUGGUCACUAACAUCACCUUCAUAAACUGCACAGGAGACACUCCAACUUUAAAAGGUAUUUUGAAAAAGUCUAAGGAGGAUUCAAGUUCGACAACAGAUGGCAGGAAACCCACCGUAGACAAACUUCACACCCCAGAGGCCCAGACUUUGGAGUUUAAUUGGAGGUUAGCUUUUAGUAGGCUUGUCCCACACAUGGAGCAUUGUGUUAAAGUGGUGCUGGAUGACGUCUGUGCCAAGAAUCUACAGCAAGAAGAGGUCUUGCAUUCUUCGGGACACACCUUGGUCACCAUAAGCCCCAUCGCUGACUUCUCUGUCAGCAACGAACAUCUUAAAGAAGACUUCUUUUACAAAGGCUCAGAGAGAGACACUCCUAAAAUGACAGCAAAGUUCUGUGGAGCAAUUCUGAUUGAGCUCGAUGCUUUGCUGCCACUGGCAGUAGCCUGCAGGGACACUUCUCUCCUGGGGGUGCGAUCAAGCUUUGUGGAAGCUUGUAGCAGAGCAGCAUUUGCCAUGCUGGGCCGUUUGCAGGAGAGGGCCCUGGAGGUACCGUCCUCUGCACCCCUGAAGAACCUGCCUGCUCUGCUUGCUUCCUGCAUUUAUGUGCAACAGCGACUAGAGCAUUACAAUGUCAUGCUGAAGGAUUCAAGUGCGGCUUCCGCUAAAAUAUCCCUGACUCUGCUACCAAUCCAGAGAUACCAGGAGGCAGUGGAGGCCUUAAGAGAGCAGCUGACCAGCUACUGCAUCCAGGUUUGCCUCACCUGUAUUCUUCAGGAUGCAGAGAGUCAUGACUGGGCUGACCCUAAACCCUUCUACGAGGGAGAGCGGUGUUCCUUCGCACUGCAGAUGUGGUUUUACUUCCUGUGUGGACUUCGCAGUGACCUGUGGUCAGUUCUUCCAUCAGAGCUAGCCAAGGAUGUGCUGGGAUAUGUGCUGGCAGAGACUUUGCAGUUGCUGGUGCGACGAUAUUCCAGAGUCCGUGCGUCGUACAAGAGACACUUGCAGAUCAGGUGUGACAUCACAGCAGUGCUGCUCUACGUGGAACACCUCAUGUGGAGUGUCAGUGAGAGUCCAGAGGAUGUGAUUCUGAUCAACCCUGCUUCAGAAAUUACCAUAAUAGGAGGUGGCUCUGACUGGCCGUACCAAAUCCACAACCUGUGCGACCAACUGCUGACGGUCCUCCUAGUUGUUACAGCGCCGAUAUCUUUUGUGCAUAGAUUGUUUAUGAAUAGUGCUUCAAAGGACUCAGCGCCGCGCCAGCCUGAAAGGCCUGUUGUACGCUGGUUAAAUGCUAUCAACCCUGAUCGCUUCCCAGAACAGGUCAUAAGAGAUGGCCUUACUGGUGAGGCAGCCUUGGCGUGCCAGUUGAGGCUACUGACCUCUGACCCAGGAUGCAAUCCCAAGCUGCUGCUGCAAAUGCUGCUUUAUGAAGAUUGUCACCUGCCUAGAAUACUCCUGGAAAAUUCCUAUUUUUGCCAGAAGACUGACUCAGAAAUGUCCACAAAGAAUUGCAAGGCAGGAGAUGAUUUCAUAGUUGCUUUGUUCAACUUGUUCUCCUGCUUGAAUAAUGUUCCCAAGGCUUUGACCCAGGCUCUUCAGCCAUACCUGGAGAGAGCACACAUAUGGAAAUAUCUCUAUACACUGGCAGACACUACACAGAAGGCACCAGUGGUCAUUGAUUGUGUCCGAGCGUUGGUGACAAAGUCAGCCAACAGUAUUUUGGUACACCUGGUCUCGAUGGCAGUGGCUUGGCAGGGCAUGGAGGAUUGUAGUCAAGCACACCAGUUUAAACAAAAGGUGCCAGAGAGUGUCCUGGCUAAAAUACCCAAGGACUGGAACUAUGCAGUACCUGAUGGAAGAGGGAAAGAUACUGGCUCCAAAGCUGUCAUAUCCUUAGCAAUUCAAGCAUUGUCCUUCAUUUUUACCAACCUGCCAUUGGCUGUGUCGUCGUUGCCUCUCCCUAUCCGCUUCGUCUUUCAAAUGGCAGAAAAGCAUCUCUCCCAGCAUGCCCGGCAGUUGCGCUCAAUGGGGCUGUUGCUCUGGGCGCUGCUGGGGUUUCUGAUCCAGAGUCUGGAAGACCUUGAUGCACUUGAAGAAAUCAGUGGUCUGGCUCUGGACUGCAGGGCAAAAGAAUACUUAUCUCUGCUCAGAGAGUGCCUCCAGGCAGCAAUGAGCAUCCAGCACAAGGGAAUUCCCAAACCUACAGUGCAUAAAGUACUGCAAGCUCUGGAGGAAAGACGACCCAAGUGGAUAAACAUCCAGCUGCAGAAAGCUCGCAAACUCUGUGCAGAAAGUGAUGGACAGGAAAGGAUACAGCGCAGGUGCUGACACGGAUGCACAGCCGCCACCGCCGACAACACCACCAGCCGGGCCGCCAGGCAGAAGAAUGAGGCGAUGUAUAUGGACAAGACGGGACUCCUCUUCUUUUUGCCACCCUCAAUGUCAAACAACCAAUGGCUGGCUGACAGGCAACACAGCUUCUGCCAUAUUAUAAUUACAAAGAGGAAGAGGAGAAAGAGAACGAGAGAGGGAACAAUGACAGGAAGUGUGUGUGAAGGAGAGGACUUGAUGGACGGUGGUGUGAUAGCCAUCCGUACAGAAAGGGCAAGAAACGAUGUGGGCGUAUGCCAGGGUUGGGAACUGUACACGCUUGAGGACCUUGACAUACAAUUACACGUCCUAAAAAAACACACACACACGCGCAUACACCAAUCAUUUUACUGUAGUGGGAUUCUCUGGUCAGAGUUUAUUCGGUUCCUCAUAACAAUAUUUCUAAUUAAUUUCCUUUUUCACUUCUGUUCUGGGGCAUUGCUAGAAAUAAAACUGCCUCAGGCCCAAGAUCUAAAUAUAGUCGAAAGCUUUUAGACUUAGGUUAAAGUACCCACAGAAUGUAAUUCAUAAUACUUGACAAAUGACAAAUGGAAGGGAUGGUUUCAAAAUAUUUUGUAAUAGACAAUGUGAAUUUAUUGGAGUGCAUGUUUCAAUCCCCGUUUUUCCACAGCUGUGACAGAUCUUUCUGGAGUUUUGCAACAUCUAGAGAGUAAAAUCUCAUCCUUUUCUUUUUGGUCAAAUUGGCUCAAGCCCAGUCACAUUGGAUGGAGAGCUUAGUUUUCAAGUUUUGCAAAAGUGCUUCUUUAACAGAAACGUCCUCAUGUGUGCUUUGCACUCAACAUGGCUUGUGUCAAAUGACCAAGUGUUCGGACUUUCUUUUAACAGUUCAGUAAUCUUCUCAAAAGACAGAUUUGUACAGGACAUGACUGGUAGAUGUUCCAUCAACAGAUUCAUUCACCUGAGCUGUGCAGCUUAACAGCUCCUCCAGUGUUACAAGAAUGUUCUGCUUCUUUUUAAUUUAAGUUGAAUGUCCUUCA